AUGUCUGCGAGCUGCACGGCUUCAUACGCCGACUGCGUCACCGCCCUCCGCGGGUCGCUGUCGCACCUGGAGACCUCGGUCGACACCCUUGGCAACGGCGUCUCCGACUUCCCGCGGUUACUCAACGUGCUCAAGACCAUCCGCCACUACGAACUGAUUCCCCAACCCACCCUAGCCGCCGCCGAAUCCUCCCUGCGCGACGAAAUUGGCCCCGCCAUCACCGUCCUCCUCGACCGCGCCGACACCCAAAUCGACCGCGUGGAGCGGCGGAUUGAAUCGCUGAAGGCGCGCUCGGAUCUACAGCAAGGUCGCCUGUCACAGGCCUCGGGCGACUAUGAGGCAACACAUGACGCCAAAGGUAAAGGCAACAAAGCGGCGGGGCAGAAGCUGAGCGGCGAGGCAAGGUUGAGGGCGAAGGCUUUAAGGCAGCGGAAGGAGGCCUUGAAGUAUAGCGUUGAGAGGUUAGAGUUGGAGGUUCUACAGAAGGAGAGGGAGUUGAAGAAGCAGGUUGACAAGGCGUGAAGAAGGAGGUCAGCCGUUAGAUUGCGAUCGAGAACCAGGUGGUCGAUUUUGAGGCAAUGAGCGUCCAUCGACAGUGUAUAACGGAAUUGACUCCGUCGCGCUGUCAACCUCGGAGGGCUCCUCUCGAAUGACCGCAACUGGUCAGCACCCAGCAACCUGCCCGCAUCAGUGGACGACGACCCAUCGGAGAAUAUGCUC